GCAGAGAGCAAGCAGAUCAGCGGAGGGAAAGAGAAGAUGGCAAUGGGAACGGCGAUGAGUGCGGUUGCCGUGGGUGUAGUGAUCUCGGUGGUGGCUCUCGUGGCCUCUACUGCGGUGGCGAGUGGCGGAUGGCAAAUCGCCGAUGCUACGUUCUACGGCGACAUGUCCGGUAGAGCCACCAUGGGCGGCGACUGCGGCUAUAGUGAUCUGUUCGCGCAGGGGUACGGUCUGGCCAACACCGCCGUCUCCGGCGUGCUGUUCAAUAACUACGAGACCUGCGGCGCGUGCUACGAGGUGCGGUGCUUCAACGACACGCGGCGGUGCCGGCCCGGGAGCAGCAUCAUGGUUACCGUCACCAGCCUCUGCCCGCCGGACCCGAAGCUGCCAGGCGGCGGGCUCUGCCAGCCACCCCGGAAGCACUUCGACAUGUCGGAGGCGAUGUACACGAGGAUCGCGACGACCCCGUACGCAGGGAGCAUCCCCAUCCAGUUCCGGCGGGUGGCGUGCGUGAAAGACGGCGGGAUCAAGUUCCAGAUCAAGGGCAAUCCGUGGUGGAUCCUGGUGCUGGUGUACAACGUGGGCGGCUCCGGCGACGUGGCGUCAGUGGCGGUCAGGGGGUCCUCAGGCAGCGGCGCGUGGACGCCGAUGGAGAGGGAGUGGGGACAAAACUGGCAGAUCACCAAGACACCCGAGCUGAUGGGGCAGGCACUGUCCUUCCAGGUGACCACGGGCGACGGCAGGGUGGUGCAGUCGGAGGACGUCGCGCCGGCGCACUGGCAGUUUGGCCAAAUCUUCGAAGGCGGACAGUUUUAAACUAAUCACGGCAGUCAAUAUGCUCCGUAAAAUGACAUCUGUUAGACAAAACAUUGGACUUUGUCUGAGAGAUAAUCAUAACGCUGGCAGUUAUACAGUUAAUUUAAAUUCCUGUCUGAUUUGUCUCCUAUUAACUUUUAACAAACGGCAAUUUAUGAGCUGCUUACUCAGAUUUUUAUAA